ACGUGACAGCGUCAUCUUCACAUCAACAGCACUGCAGGACCACCAUCAGCAUCAGAUAACCGCUGAACCUCAAAUAUGUUACUUUCUUCAAUACGGACAACCAUCUUUUGCGGUUGCAGGAGUGCAGGAAAGGGAUUUCAACACAGCAGCCGGAGUCCACAGCUACGGCAAUGGCUUGUGAAGAGAGGUCAGAGCACCAUCACAGCAGAGGCGGGGGCCUCCUCGGCUCCGGCAGCAGCUACUGUCCCAAACGUGGCCACCAAUCGCAUAUUAGGUCGCUGGUUACUGGGCUGCAGCGGGCUGGUGGUUGGGGCUGUUGUCUUGGGUGGUGUCACAAGGCUAACAGAAUCUGGGCUUUCUAUGGUGGACUGGCAUCUGGUGAGAGAGAUGAGGCCACCUCAGUCGCAAGCAGAGUGGGAGGCAGAGUUUUCCAAGUACCAACAGUUUCCUGAAUUCAAAAUAAUGAACCAUGACAUGACUCUGCCAGAGUUUAAGUUUAUCUUCUACAUGGAGUGGGGUCAUCGUAUGUGGGGAAGGCUGGUUGGACUUGCGUACAUCCUCCCCACCGUUUACUUCUGGAGGAAAGGAUACUUCACUCGCUCCAUGAAGGGAAAAGUGCUUGGGCUUUGCGGAUUUGUCUUCUUCCAGGGCCUUCUGGGGUGGUACAUGGUAAAAAGCGGUCUGGAGGAGAAGCCUGAGUCUUAUGACAUCCCGCGGGUCAGCCAGUAUCGCCUGAGUGCUCACCUGGGUUCUGCCUUGUUGCUUUACUGCGCCAGUCUCUGGACAGGACUCACUCUGCUGCUGCCUGCACACAAGCUGGCAGAAACCAACAGUCUUAUGCAGCUUAGGAGGUUUGCCAAGGGUACUGGUGGACUCGUCUUCCUUACUGCUCUUUCAGGUGCCUUUGUUGCCGGUUUGGAUGCUGGGCUGGUGUAUAACUCCUUCCCUAAAAUGGGAGAUCGGUGGAUCCCAGAUGAUCUGCUGGCUUUCUCUCCAACCCUCAAGAACAUCUUUGAAAAUCCCACGACUGUGCAGUUCGACCACAGAAUAUUGGCCGUCUCUUCUUUGACCGCAAUUACAGGCCUGUAUUUGUUCUCACGGAGGAUGCUGCUGCCCAGGAGGGCUAAGAUCGCCAUCAGCCUCCUCACAGCAAUGGCCUAUGGACAGGUUGCCCUCGGUGUCAGCACCCUGUUACUGUAUGUCCCCACUCCACUGGCAGCAACUCACCAGUCUGGAUCAGUAGCUCUUCUCUCUCUGGCCAUUUGGGUUCUGGCAGAGCUCCGCAAGAUGCCCAAGUAACUGUCCACGCGUUUAUGGGCAAAACCAAUCCCUACCAGCCACACCUCAAGCCUCUAAUUGCCAGCAGUGUCAUUAUGACACAGGCCUUCAGAAAGAAAACUGAAAAAAAAUAAAAGCAUUGAAAAAAUGUUUAAUUUAACCCUGGACUAUAAUGCAUUAUUAUGCUGAAGCAUCUCUCCUAUUGUGCUCCAAUUUAGUCCUCAUGCGCCGACAUUGAAUUAUUUCAUAACACUGUUAUUAAAGCAGUGUUAUGAGUGUUGUUGAUAAUUACAAGAAUACAUCAAGGCUGUCAAUGAGUAUGAAGUAUUUGUUGAUGCAUGUAAUCAUGAGACGAUAACAACCUAAUGUGAAGUGUUUUGUUUUGCAAGAAAUCAAACACACAUGCAAAGCAAAAACAAGCACAUUGAAAGUUUCUGUCCAGCUUUUAUGAAACAAUGAAACAACAGGUUUACCAGUAAACGUACGGGUUAUGAAUUUGGUUUGCAGCUAGCCCGAAUUCUGCAAGAAUAUCUUGGAAUAGACUUUUGGAUCGUGUCAAAGUUUUAAAAGGAUGCUUUGACUGUAAAUUUGUUUACCAAGUGUUUGACCAACUAUUGCCUUGUGUCUGGUCAUACACUGCCUGUUAGUUAAAUCAGAUGUGGCUGUUGGGAUUAUGUGUAAAAUAUGUAUAUUUAAGUUAUGAAUCAUUUAUUGAUGAUGAAUAAGGUAAAAAAAAUAAUCGAUUUUGAUUGUUGCUUUGUACUCUAUAUUUUGAAGUUUAAGGCUAAAAUCACUGUUUUAUUUUAAUAAAG